CCCCAGCAUGGCCGCGUCCGCCGUGUCCGUCUGCUCCAGCGACCUGAGCUACGGCAGCCGCGUCUGCCUGCCCGGUUCCUGCGACUCCUGCCCCGACUCCUGGCAGGGGGACGACUGCCCAGAGAGCUGCUGCGAGCCCCCCUGCUGCGCCCCCAGCUGCUGCGCCCCGGCCGCCUGCCUGAGCCUGGUCUGCAGCCCCGUGAGCUGCGUGUGCAGCCCCUGCCAGCCCGUCUGCACCAGCGCCUGCACGCCCUCGUGCUGCCCGCAGUCCAGCUGCCAGCCGGCUUGCUGCACCCCCUCCCCCUGCCAGCCGUCCUGCUGUGUGCCCGUGUGCUGCAAGCCCGUGUGCUGUGUGCCCGUGUGCUCUGGGGCCUCCUCUUCGUGCUGCCCGCAGUCUAGCUGCCAGCCAGCUUGCUGUACCCCGUCCCCCUGCCAGCCGUCCUGCUGUGUGCCCAUGUGCUGCAAGCCCGUGUGCUGUGUGCCCGUGUGCUCUGGGGCCUCCUCUUCAUGCUGCCAGCAGUCCAGCUGCCAGCCGGCUUGCUGCACCCCAUCCCCCUGCCAGCCGUCCUGCUGUGUGCCCGUGUGCUGCAAACCUGUGUGUUGCAAGCCCGUGUGCUGUGAGCCCGUGUGCUCUGAGGCCUCCUCUUCAUGCUGCCAGCAGUCUAGCUGCCAGCCGGCUUGCUGCACCUCCUCCCCCUGCCAGCCGUCCUGCUGUGUGCCCGUGUGCUGCAAGCCCGUGUGCUGUGAGCCCGUUUGCUCUGGGGCCUCCUCCUCGUGCUGCCAGCAGUCUAGCUGCCAGCCAGAUUGCUGCACCUCCUCCCCCUGCUGCAGACCCUCCUCCUGCGUGUCCCUCCUCUGCCGCCCCGUGUGCAGACCUGCCUGCUGUGCCCCUGCCUCCUCCUGCCAGCCCAGCUGCUGCCGCCCGGCCUCCUGCGUAUCCCUCAUCUGCCGCCCCACCUGUCCCCGCCCGGCAUCCUGCGUGUCCCUCCUCUGCCGCCCCACCUGUCCCCGCCCGGUCUGCUGUGGCCUCUCGGUGCAGGGGUCCAACUGCUGA